UCAACUUCCCCUUCUCCACCGCCCUACUCUCCCGGAUCCCUUCCUCGACCCCUGCGCGCUCCCAUUGGCCGGCCUGCUUCGAGCCCCCUCCCCAGCUUCUCCCGCCUCUGCCUGCCGCUUUCGGGAAGGGAGCGAGCGCGUCGAACGCCAAGGACCGUGCGCGCUGACGUCGCGGGUCGGGACGCGGCGCUCCUGGGCCGCGGGGGGGGCGUGGCCUGCAGCUGGAUAUAAAAGGGUGGCGGUGCGCGCGCGGCCGGCUUAGUGCGGCCGGGGACCGGGGUGGGUGGAGCUGCAGCCGCGGUACGCUGCGGGCGUCGGAGGCAGCGGGGAGCGGAGCGGGGCCGCUGGGGCCUCGCCAGGGCCGCAGCGGCAGCAGUUGGGCCCCCCGCCCCGGCCGGCGGCCGGAAAGCGCAGGAAGGGGGCUGGGGGGACCCGCCCCCGGCCAGCCGCAGUCAUGAACUCCAACGUGGAGAACCUGCCCCCCCACAUCAUCCGCCUGGUGUACAAGGAGGUGACGACGCUGACAGCUGACCCACCUGAUGGCAUCAAGGUCUUUCCCAACGAGGAAGACCUCACCGACUUGCAAGUCACCAUUGAGGGCCCUGAGGGGACCCCAUACGCCGGAGGCCUGUUCCGUAUGAAACUCCUCCUGGGGAAGGACUUUCCUGCCUCCCCGCCCAAGGGCUACUUCCUGACCAAGAUCUUCCACCCAAACGUGGGCGCCAACGGUGAGAUCUGUGUCAAUGUGCUCAAGAGGGACUGGACAGCUGAGCUGGGCAUCCGGCAUGUGCUGCUGACCAUCAAGUGCCUGCUGAUCCACCCCAACCCUGAGUCUGCCCUCAACGAGGAGGCGGGCCGCCUGCUCCUGGAGAACUACGAGGAGUACGCGGCGCGCGCACGCCUGCUCACAGAGAUCCACGGGGGCGCGGGCGCAGGGGGGGCCGGGGCCAGCGGGGCUGCAGCCUCCUCCACCGACUCCAUGGCCCCCGGAGGCCUGGGAGGGGCCGAGGGUCCCAUGGCCAAGAAGCACGCAGGCGAGCGCGACAAGAAGCUGGCGGCCAAGAAAAAGACGGACAAGAAGCGGGCACUGCGGCGGCUGUAGUGGGCUCUCCACUUCCUCCGCCCCCGACCUGACCCCCGACUCUGUCUCUAAGUUAUUUAAAUUAUGGCUGGGGUGGGGGAGGGCACGGGGGCCUGGGACCUGGAUUUGUUUUUCUAAAUAAAGUUGGAAAAGCAGCU